ACUAUUUUCAUCUUUCUGAAGUCAUAUUAACAGUUGACAUAGAAUACCGAAACAACAAAACAAAGCCUGAUAAAGUUGGCUGAAAGUCUUUUCCUUCAAUUUCGCGACUGAAGAUGAACAGGAUUUUUGGUAAAUCGAAACCUAAGGAACCUCCUCCAUCAUUAACAGACUGUAUAUCUAAUGUGGAUAGUCGGGGUGAAUCAAUUGAGAAAAAAAUUGACAAACUUGACGUGGAGUUGAAAAAAUACAAGGAUCAAAUGAAGAAAAUGAGAGAUGGACCAUCAAAGAAUAUGGUCAAGCAAAGAGCAAUGAGGGUGUUAAAGCAGAAAAAAAUGUACGAAAGCCAACUUGAGAAUCUUAGACAGCAAUCAUUUAAUAUGGAGCAGACAAAUUAUGCCACUCAGACAUUAAAAGAUACUAAAACAACGGUGGAUGCAAUGAAGACUGGGCUUAAAGAAAUGAAGAGAGAAUACAAGAAAGUUAAUAUAGACCAGAUCGAGGAUCUGCAAGAUGACCUAUCAGACCUUCUUGACCAAGCAAAUGAAGUUCAAGAAGCUCUUGGGAGGCAAUAUGGUACACCAGAACUGGAUGAAGAUGAUCUAGAGGCAGAAUUAGAUGCUUUGGGUGAUGAUCUUGCUUUUGAUGAAGAUACAUCAUAUCUUGACGAAGCUGAGAAAGCACCAACUGUUCCUGAUACAGAUCUUCCUGAACAAAGCACAAACAAGGAGGGGAUCAAGGUCGACGAGUUUGGACUACCCGAACUUCCUCAGCAAACCAACUGAACUAGCUCGAAUCAAAAGAGCGUCAACAAUAAAUGUAUAUAUUAUAUACAACGUGUAGCUAUCUACUAUUGUCCUUGAGCGAUUUUUCUCAAGACUUUUACCUCAGAACACAAUGAAAUUUACUUCCCAGUGGAUUCUAAAAUAAUAUUUAAUGCCUGGUUCUUUAGAAUUGUAUAUCGUGAAGUAGACCCUAACAAAAAAUCGCGAGGCUCUUUUUAAAUUUUACAGCACGACGAUGUUGGCUACGGCUGUCUAGUCUAGUCUAACUAGGGGAAUAUUCAGCUAAGCAUUUGCUACAGCUGUCUUUUCAUUUGCAAAACACAUUUUCAUAACAACGGAUGUACCAAAGUGAGCUGUAAGUAGACUAAACAGCCUUGGCGAAUCUAAUGUUCCCAAAUUUUGAGGUGGAAAGACGGUUUUCGUAGAGGGUGACUACUCAAUAUACAUGCAGUUGUUCUUGCAUGUUAUGAUAAUAAUGUAAAGAAAGUUAUUUGUAUGAUUUUAAAUUACUAAAAUUACGUAAUGUGUGAUGAACAGUAAUUAAAUUGAAUAUAAUUAUAAUAAGGAAGAGCAUGCAUUAAUGUGUUGUCCAACUUGUUAAAUAACAUCUGUAUUAAUACUAUAUGCAGCAAUUAGAAACGUGACCAUUAGUUUACCGUGAUGAUGAAAAUGUCAAAGGAGGUUUAG